AUGGGGCAGCGCUGCGGGUGGCACCGCGGGGACAGCGGGGUGACCCGGCCCGGGGUCACCGGGGCUCCCCGCCAGUCGCCGCCGCGGCCCCGGGGGCACCAAGUGCGUCAGACCCCCGGCUGCCCCCCCCCAAAAUCCGCCGCGUGGCCCCGGUUCCUGCCGCCGCCGCCAAGCCCGGGCCAUAUGUCCCAGGCCGGGAGCAGCUGGCGGUGCCCGCGGGAGCCCCCCGGCCCCCGCUGCCCGCCCGCGGCGAGGGGCGGGCCGGGGGCGGCACCGCGCUGCCCCCGAGGCCAGGACAGGGGGGCUCGCUGGGCUUGGGGGGGGGCACGGAACCGGCGGGACGAGGCCACGCCGCUCCCCAAAAAGCAGCGGGAUGGCUCAGCCCAGCCGUGCCACCGGGGGACCCCGGGGGUGGCAACGCCCGCGACCCCCCGGUCCCCCCCGUGUCGCCCCCCCUGGCACGGCGGGGUGGGGGCAGAGGGGCAGCGCCCGGCGCUGGGGGGUUUCCCCCACGCAGGAACGAGCCCGGUGCCAUCCGUGGGGCGUCCGUGUGUCCCCCCGGAGCGCAGGGAGGUGGCACACCCGCGGGGACACGCGGGGACACCCGCAGCUCCCCGGACCCGCCGCGACGCCGGGGAAUCCCCGCCUGGCGCCGGGGUCUCCCCGAGAAAAUCCCUCCGCAGAGCCCCGCCGGGACACCCGGCACCGCCGCUGCACCGGGGGACACGGCCACAGCCCCCGUGUCCCCGGGGGUGGCAGGGACAGCCGCGAUCCCCCCCCGCGACACCCCCCAACCCAAGGGGGGACCCCAUCCCCAUCCCGCCCGCCGCGGGAGGGGACGCGCGGCCGGGGACACCGUACCUGUGUGGGGCUGGGCUGGGGGGUCCCGGGGGGUGCAGCGGGGGGGUCCGGGCUCCCCACGCCCCCCCCCUUGGCCGCCACCGCGCCGGCGUCCCCAGACAAAGCCGCCACCGCGCCGGGCUCUCCCUGCGCCUCCCCCACUCUCGGCUCGAAAGGACAAAGCCGCUCCGCCUGGCUGCCCCCGCCGGGCCACCGCGACCCCCCGCCCGGGGCCACCCGGGGGGGACACGGCCGUGCCCGCCCCCCCUGGCACCGCCACAAAGCCCUCGGACAGGGGGGCUCCCCCAAAGCUCGCCCACGCCCUCGCGGAGCCCCGCGUCCCCGCUGCAGGGCGGGGGUCCCCACCCUGAGGAGGGGUCCCCGCGGUGUCCCCCCCCACCAGCGCAGGGUCCCCAGCGGUGCGCCAAGGUCACCGGGAAGGUCGCGGGGGGCGGGAAGGCCCCCGUGUGUCCCCACGGUCCCCCGCCUCGACGGCUGCACGUCGAAGGCACGAGGGCCACGCGGGGCGCGGAGCCCCCGGAGCCCCCGGUGCCCCCCCGGGCCCCCCGGCUCCGGUGGCGGCAGGACGUGCCACCCCGGUGUCACAGCCGUCGCGUCCUCAUUGUCACCGCCGGGGGCUCCUCCCGCGCCCCCCCCUCCCGCCACCCGCCGCACCGGAGGGGGCUGAGCAGGCCCCGGACACCCCCGAGCCUCGGAACGCCGGGGAACCCCCGGGGAGCCCCCCCCGUGGUGCCCCCUCCCCUCGCCAACCCCCCCGGGCACCCCCCGCCCCGCGCCGGGGGCUUCCCGCGGGCGGGGGGAUCCUCCCGAGCCGGGGGAUUCCCGGGAUUCCCGGCAGCCACGGGCUUCCCCGGCACCGGCAGCGCCCCUGGAGCGGAGGGGGGAUCCCCACCCUCGCGGCGCCCCCCCCAGAUUCACCCACCUGCCGCCAGCCCCCGGCCUCCGCUGCCCUCGGGCGCUGCCGCCGCUGACCAUGGCCCGGCGGCGGCGGCGACACGUGCGGCGCCGAGCCCGGGAUCCCGGCGGGUUCCGGUGCCAGCACCGGGGGCCGGGGGCGAGCCUGCACAGCGGCUCCGCGGUGCCGCCGAGCCCCUGCCGGCCGCGCCGUGCCUCGGUUUCCCCAGCGCGCAGGCGGCGGCCGCGGGGGCUGCGGGCGGCGAUGCGGCGCCGUGGCGGUGCCGCUCCACACGCGCAGCCGCGCGCACCCGCCCCGCCGCCUGCCGGGGCUUCCCGGGGCCUCCCGGUGCUUCCCGGGGCCUCCCGGGGCUUCCCGGAGCCUCCGGGCCCGGCUGCGGGUAA